CUUUUAGCGCUUCAAUUAUUAAAGUGUUAGGUAAACUUCCCCUCCCAACCAGCAAAUCGUGUCACUUCGAUUUUCUUCCGCACGCACCCAAAUGCCCCUCCUACCCCGUCGCGUCGCAACGUCACUGAGGGGAUAUAAACCCUUUUUAUCUUUCUCGGUUUCCACUAAAGAAUAUUGGACACCAUAUUUUCCAUUCUUAGGGACACCUUACUUCUCCUGUCGCCGCUCUUUUUACGGACAUAUCAGUGAUCGAAAAAUGGCACCCCAGCUUGAUCCGUUUUUUAAGCAGGUUGACGGCCUUGCCGAAUCUUUCAUCGAGCGUCUGCGAAAGGCUGUUGCGAUCCCUUCUGUUUCUGCACAAGAUGAGAACCGGAAGGACGUUUUCAGAAUGGCUCAGUUUCUUGCCUCCGAGUUGGAGGCACUUGGCGCUGAGGUGCAUCAAAGGCCGCUGGGAAAACAGCCUGGAAAGGAAUACCUUGACCUACCCCCAGUUGUCAUCGCUCGGUAUGGCAAUGAUAAAAACAAGCGAACUAUCCUGGUUUACGGCCAUUAUGAUGUCCAGCCAGCGUUAAAGGAAGAUGGAUGGGCCACUGAGCCUUUUCAAUUGACGGUUGACAGCCAAGGAAGGAUGUACGGCCGCGGAAGUACAGACGACAAAGGCCCCGUCUUGGGAUGGCUGAAUGUGAUCGAGGCUCACAGGAAAGCUGGUGUUGAGCUGCCAGUCAACCUUCUUUGCUGCUUUGAGGGCAUGGAGGAGUAUGGCUCGGAAGGAUUGGAGGAGUUUAUUCAAGCUGAGAGCAAAGGCUUUUUCAAGGAUGCUGACGCCGUCUGCAUAUCGGACAAUUAUUGGCUUGGAACAGAGAAACCCUGUCUAACCUACGGCCUGCGAGGCUGCAACUAUUACUCUAUCAGUGUCACAGGGCCCGCUCAGGAUCUUCAUAGCGGAGUUUUCGGUGGAUCUGCCCAUGAGCCCAUGACAGACUUGGUCCAUGUGAUGUCUAAACUUGUUGAUGCUCAUGGCAACAUCUUAAUACCCGGCAUCAUGGACCUUGUCGAGCCAUUGACUGAGGAAGAAAAGGCCCUCUAUCCCAAUAUCAGCUACACAAUGGACGACCUUCAUCAAUCCCUGGGGAGCAAAACUAGCAUCCACCCAACGAAAGAAAGAACGCUCAUGGCUAGAUGGAGGUAUCCAUCUUUGUCGCUUCAUGGCAUCGAAGGCGCAUAUUCGGCGCCGGGCGCCAAAACAGUUAUACCAGCGAAGGUCAUUGGUAAAUUCUCGAUUCGGACUGUCCCCAAUAUGGAAAGCAACGAUGUGAAUAAACUCGUCUUCGAUUACAUCAAGGCAGAAUUCGCAAAGCUGAAUAGCAAGAAUACUUUGGACGUGUGGCUGCAGCAUGAUGGAAAAUGGUGGGUUGCCAGUCCCAAACACUGGAACUUCGCUGCUGCAAGCAAGGCAGUGAAUCAGGUAUUUGGUGUUGAGCCAGAUUUGACACGUGAAGGUGGCAGCAUUCCUGUCACCCUGAGCUUCGAACAGGCGACUGGCAAGAACGUUUUGCUAUUGCCGAUGGGCAGCUCAACUGAUGCUGCCCAUUCCAUCAAUGAGAAGCUUGAUAAGAGGAAUUACAUUGAAGGGGUAAAAUUGCUUGGUGCCUACCUCCACUAUGUUGCGGAAGAGCCUAUGGUGGCGGCAUAGUUGUAAAUCUGCAGCUCUUUCUUGUAAGACUCAGUCAGCUAUUAUUGAUCACCGCGUCUAUACAAUAUGUGAUUUUGUUUCACUGCUCUUUAUGUAGAAAAUGCCGCGAAGAGAAAAAUAAGAAAGGAUAUUUCAAAGUGAAGUAAAUAUUUCGACGUACAGUGAGUAACAUAGUAUAGUAUCAGCCAAUGCGAGCAGAGAUUCUGCCUCUUUACACCCCUUUGCCCCUGAUGGACCAUCCACCUGGGCAUGAUAGAUACUUUACCUACUUCGUUUCUCUACGCCACCCCUAAACAACCUGAGACGCCAUCCUCAUAGGUACCCAGAAUAUAUAUGAAAGAUGGUCGUUCGCUUAUUAGUGCCAAGUGGGAUGUUCUAGGGAAUGUCUUAAAAGAUACCUGACAAAAUCAGAAUAUCGUGCAUUGAUAUGUACCUCAUAAGUAGGGAUAUGUGGAAACUCGGCAUUGGCAGAGUUGGGAAGAAGUUUCCUGCCCAUGUAUGUAUAUCUCCUUCUAUGCUUAGCUAGUACAAAUCUAAUUAUUAUCUACUAGGGGCAGGCCAGCGGAUCAAGGACCACUGCCCAAGAC